AUGUAUUUGUUGACCUCGUCUUUGCAUAAAGUCAAAUCAAAAGGCAAAGACUUCUAUGCCUUUUUAUGCUAUUGUAUAAAGACACUUGAUACCGUAACAGCCUCCCAAGAAAUUUUCCUACAACGUGAUUAGAUUCUAACAUCAAAAAGUCA